AUGUUUGAUGGAACACCAUGCCAUACGCUUUACAUCAAAAACCUCAAUGACAAAAUCAAGAAAAUCGAACUUACAAGACAGCUGUAUUCAAUUUUCUCUUCAUAUGGCAUGGUACUAGACAUCAUGGUUUCGAGGGCUCCGAAAUUGAGGGGACAAGCUUUUGUCACUUUCAAGGAUAUCUCAGAUGCGGCGAACGCGAUGAAGAGAAUGCAGGGUUUUCCAUUCUACGAAAAGCCGAUGAUGGUUUCGUAUGCUAAAAGAGAAUCGCACGUGAUCACGCAAGCGAAGAAAUACGUUCCUCCAAAGGACGAGCGCACUCUCGCCAAAGAGACAAACGCAAAAGUUGCCGCCAAAAAGAAAACGGGUGGAGAAGAGGAGGAACCAGCGGCGACGAUCUAUGUCGAAAAUCUCCCCGACGAGGCCAACGAGAGUAUGCUCAAUCUCCUUUUCUCCCAAUUUCCUGGCUUCAAGAAGAGCCGACCUAUCCCUGCAGGAGGAAAAGCUUUUGUCGAGUUUGCGGACCCCGGCGCUGCAACUAGCGCCAAAGAUGCUCUCCAAGGAUUCAAAGUCACUCCAGAUCGUCCCAUCAAGCUCUCCUUUGCGAAGAACUAA